AUGGAUCCUCUCCACAGCGCUGGUCCUUAUUUGGACGGUACUAUGGCUGCGGCCCAGUCAGACUAUCUGGCCAACCUCGACGUUGACGAUUUACAACUCGACGACAUAGAUUUUGACCCUCUACCUACGUUAAAUAGGCCCGUCACCGACGAUGGGCCUCAGGUGGUGCCGAUCAGUGCGCCUAUUCCACAACAGCCUGCAGCUCCUGGCUUCCUCAUGCAGGCACCGCAGGGUGUUAACGACGGGUUUGACGUUGGCAUGGGACCUGGGGGCGUCGCAGGAUUUGGUGCCGGAGCCCUCAACUAUGGUCUCAACAACUUCGAUAAUGCCAUCAACCCCCAGGUUCUUCGGAUCAACCCCAAUAUUCAGCCAAGACCCUACCAACCCAACAACAUUUACCCCGAUUUUGGACUAGCAGGGCGUCAUGGGCCGACGUAUACUCCUAUGAGCUAUACUCCUAUGAACGCAUGGUUGGAAAGCCACAAUUUUCAAGGACAAACGCAACUGACUCCUACCCAAGUCCACUUACCCGUCGAUGAUAUACAAAAGGCAUAUCACGGUGUACCUGCUCAGGUUGUUCGCGGUUACUGGAGAGAAGAUGGAGGACGUUUCGGACCACAACAACAACAACAACAACCUUUCGGCGGAUUCCCCCAGUUCCUCAAUCAGCCUGCGAAUCAGCAACCAGCUCAAAAUCAGGAGGCAGGAUAUAUCAAGAAGCGUAAGAGGAGAGAUUCCUCUGCCGAUGCAAACGGCCCAGAAGACGAGUCUCCUAUUCGCUGGGGUGGUGGAAAGGUUCAGAACAACAGGGCGCUCAAGCUAAAGGGAGACAUUACUUGCGACCCAGCCUUUGUCUACACAGAUCCCCUACCCCACGUAAAAAACUGGAAGAAGAUAAACAGCGGUGGCCCCCUUUUCAAGUACACGGACCAAGGGCAAUGGGCCGAUCACCUGGAGCUCAGCGCCGCAGAGUUGCGUCACUAUCUGGAAAACUGCCCUCGGGACCUCAAAAUCUUUGUCCAGCAGCCUCCCGCGCAGAGCAACUGUCGGCUGGAGGAGUGUGAUCGAAGGUGUCGAUACGCCCACUGCCCUGUGGACUCCAAGAUCAUUCGGCCUGGCUUUCUCCGCGUGGUCUUUGACGAGUACCAUGAUCUCACGUCUACUGGCAAGAAGGACCCCUUCAAGGUUGCAGGCUGCAUGCACCUGUGGUGCUUCGAGCAGUGCGUAGACCCUUACGAAUUCUGGCUCAGGAGAAAGCUACUCCCAGACGAUCGAAACCUCCCCAAAGAGCAAAAGAACCUCAUGGCGCUCAACCGCGAUACCGACAGAGCCAUCGUCAGCAAAGCCUUCCUUCGAUGGAUGUCGAUCCAGGACAACCUACCAGGCCUCCCUGAGAUCCCCCGUGACCAUCAAGACUCUCUCACAUACGCCCUAGUCAAGCAUCACCUGGAUAACCAAGUCACCGCCCGCCAAACUUGUCGGGAUAGGCGCAACAAGGGCAAGGCCGAGGAGGAUAGGAACACCCUCGACGUCCACCUGGGUGAUCUGAGCGUCUACGCCCGAAAGUGCAUGGAAAUCAAGGCGAGAAAACGCGCGAGCGCAAAACGCCGCAAGACUGGGAGCCCGUACGAGAAGGGCCUCACAUGGGUCACUCCAAAAGAUCUGCCCCACGACGAAGAGCUCCUGGAGCAGAUCCAGGAGGAUGCGUUCAAGGGGUCACUCCAUAGCCCGAUGCAGUCGCCAAUCAAGACGCCGACACCAGUUGCUCCAAACUUUGAGCAAUACGUCCAGCCGGGCGAAGAGGACCUGAGCUUUAUGCAGCUGGAUCCAAACUUGAUGCAACUGACACAGCAGACAGGCGUUCCUCCAGAGCAAUCGAAAGAGCCUGAUCCGUACGACUAUAUGCAAAUGAUCUCGUCUGGAGAUUUGACCUUUAAGGGACUGUCGCCGUUGAAGUCAGACUCGACGCCGGAGACAAAACUUGAGUCGACCCCAAUGCAACUGGACUCAAUUACACUCGCCCUCCCUGAUGUACCCCUCGACCCUCAGCUAUUAGAGAACCCUGUGCCAGAGUCCCAGAGCCCUGAGGCAAACCCCGGAUCACGGAAGCGACGAGCCAGCGAUCUCGAGGAUGACGAAGACAGCUUGUCCGGCAGCAGCUCGAGGCGCAAGAAGCAGAGGGGCUCAGUGGCGUCCAAGAGCAGCGAGCGUCAAAGUCAGGGCGCACGUCUAAGGAGGAGUCCAAGACAAGGCCCGAGGCGCUCAGCUGCCUAG